AUGCUUUUGAGCAUAAUUUCAAAAGAAUUGCGAAGAUUUUUUACAGCACUGACAAACGAGCAAAGUAACAGAGGUAUUGGUGAAAGUGACAUUGUUGAAAGUGAUAACAUUAGGCGGGCGAUCAGCGGGACAACCGGUUCAAAGACGAUGGACCAAGAUGUCGAAGAACUUAACAUAAAUUAUGAUCACACAUUUUCACAAGAAAGCAAAUAUGUCUAUUAUAACGAGAAUAGGCACAAUCAUUCUAGAACACAGAGCCAAGAGGAGCUGCCAGUUCAAGACUGGAGAAUGAAAGAAAGACUCAAAACGGUGUCGGGAGCCUUGGUCCUAUGCUUAAAUAUCGGCGUCGACCCGCCGGACGUCGUAAAACCAAACCCCUGCGCCAAACUCGAGUGCUGGGUAGAUCCCUUUUUCGCGGCUCCAUCAAAAGCAUUGGAUGCCAUAGGAAAAAACCUUCAAUCCCAGUAUGAACAGCUCAGCGUCCGAACUCGCUAUAAGCAAUACCUUGACCCAUCGGUGGACGAGAUGAAAAAAUUUUGCAUGAAUUUGAGGAAAAAUGCGAAGGAAGAACGUGUUCUAUUUCACUACAAUGGUCAUGGUGUACCGAAGCCCACAUCGAGCGGCGAAAUUUGGUGUUUCAACAAGCACUUUACGCAAUACAUUCCGGUGUCUUUGGGCGAUUUGCAAUCAUGGCUUGGUUCACCUUGCAUUUAUGUCUACGAUUGUUCUGCCGCCGGAAAUAUUCUGGAAAACUUUAAGCGGUUCACGGAACAACGAUAUCUAGAAGCAUCCCGAUCGGAUUCCAACGCUUCGCCCAACAUUCCCGUGAAUAUUCAGCUGGCCGCCUGCGGUCCUAACGAAACAUUGCCCAUGCAUCCCGAUCUACCAGCAGAUUUGUUCACGUCGUGUCUAACGUCGCCAAUUGAGAUUGCGCUGAGAUGGUUCGUCUUGCAGAAUCCAUUGCCGUCUUAUCUCACGGUCAGCAUGGUGACGAAACUACCGGGACGAUUGCAAGAUCGUCGUACCCCCUUGGGAGAACUGAAUUGGAUCUUUACUGCGAUCACGGACACCAUCGCAUGGAAUGUACUCCCCCGUGACCUGUUCAAACAAUUGUUCCGGCAGGAUCUCAUGGUGGCCGCAUUAUUUAGAAAUUUUCUGCUGGCAGAAAGAAUUAUGAGACGUUACCAGUGCAAUCCAAUGUCACACCCGUCAUUGCCCUCAACUCAUGAUCAUCCGAUGUGGGAUUCCUGGGAUUUGGCGGUGGACAUGUGCUUGGCACAGUUACCGGCAUUGUUGAGUGCAGAUAACGUCGGGCAGGAGGCCGAGUAUAAACAUUCGAGUUUUUUUGAUGAACAAUUAACCGCAUUUCAAGUGUGGCUAUCAAAAGGAUCGGUGACACAGAAACCGCCUGAACAAUUGCCCAUAGUGUUACAAGUGCUUCUUAGUCAAGUUCACCGGUCUAGAGCGUUGGGUUUGCUGAGCAAGUAUUUGGAUUUAGGACCUCGAGCAGUUAGUCUGGCAUUAUCAAUAGGCAUAUUUCCUUAUGUUCUCAAAUUACUGCAAAGCCCCGCAGCGGAUCUGAAGCCGCCACUGGUGUUCAUAUGGGCCCGAAUUCUGGCAGUGGACAGAUCAUGUCAGCAGGAUCUAUUGAGGGACGAAGGUUAUACUUACUUUGUCAACAUACUUUCUCCAAACAGUAACCUCAACAUUCCAAACGAAUCAGAACACCGUGCGAUGUGCACCUUCAUUCUAGCCAUACUUUGCACGAACUACAGUCAGGGACAGGUGGCGUGCAGAAAAUCGGGAGUGUUACUAGCAUGCUUAGCACGACUCGGUGAUGACGAUCCACUAUUGAGACAAUGGUCGUGCCUCUGCAUAGGUCAAUAUUGGAUGAAUCAGCCCGAAUCGAAGAGCGAAGGGAUCGAGAACCAAGCACACCAGAAGCUUUUCGGACUUUUAAGCGAUCCGGUUCCGGAGGUAAGGGCGGCAGCUCUUUAUGCCCUUGGCACUUUCAUCGGUGAUCUAGAACGCACCGAGCAAAUUGUCAACAUCGAACACAACAUCGCCAUAAAUGCCCUCGAUGCUAACAAUGACGCAUCUCCCAUUGUGAGAAGAGAACUCGUGAUCGCACUUUCUAACAUCGUAAACGCCUACCCCGAACAUUUCACACGUGCGGCGUACGAAGAACUCCAAGACAUUCACCGACGUAUCGCUUCGUCUCGACAGCGUCCCAGGGAGAGUCGACCCACUGUAUACACGUGCGUCUGGAAAGCGUUGCUCAAUAUGUCCGCCGAUCCGGACGCUGAAGUUUUGCAACUUUCAGCCACCGUGGUGGACGCCAUAAAUGAUCAAUUGCUCGAAUCUUCACACGCGGAAAAUGUCGCGAUCACUUUGCGGCAUGUGCUCCACGAACAAAACUCGCAGGAGACGGAAGCUUUCAGGGCAUCUUUAAAUAGGCCCCUCUCAUCGGAAGACGUGCUACCGCUCAAAUCCAAAUUCUUUGAUUGGAGCUGUGAAUACUUCCGCGAACCACAAAUGAGGCAAGCCGAAUCCGAACAAUUGGGUAGCAUCGAUAACAACGAAAGGUUGUGGAGACGAAAAAGGAACGAGAGCAUCAUCAGAUCCACACAGCCGCUCAAGGAAGUUGCGGGGUCGAGUCGAUGGAACAAACAGGUGACUCUUCUCAAUAACGAGACUGAACCAACAAAAUUAUUAUUCCAUCCGUUCGAACCGCACCUUGUGGUUGCAAAUGAUAAAGACAUGAUCAGUGUUUGGAAUUGGAAGGAGGGUCCACGUAUUCUGCACAACUUUUCCAAUGGAAACCCUUCGAGGAGCAAGGUGACCGCAUUGAAAUUCAUAAACGAAGACGAAAAUUCGAUGCUUCUCACCGGUUCAACAAGGUCGGGAAGCCCCGUGACCAGCAUCACGAGCGAUGAUGGUGAUAUCUUUGUCGCCGGAUUCGCAGAUGGUGCGAUACGUGCAUACGAUAGAAGGGUUCAGCCACGUGAUGCAAUGAUAUUGACAAGCAAGGAGCAUAAGAACGCCGUAGUAAAUGUGGUGUGGCAAAAGGGGGCGAAGCAUGAAUUGGUGUCGGGAAGUAAGUCCGGUGAAAUUAGGUUGUGGGACAUUCGACAGAGUCGAUCGAGGCUCACCAUAACGCACGAAGCGGCCGAAAUGAAGGCGAUGGAUGUACAUCAAAAUGCCGAUGUAGUUGCGGGAGUGUAUUCCAAUCAGCUAAUCAAAGUCUGGCACACAAUAUCCGGCACCAACCUUUCAUCGAUCCGUUACAACACGGGAUUCCUCGGAUGGGGAGCUCAAGUCACCUCGAUAGCGUUGGCAAGUCAUUACAUGGUGAUGGCGGUUGGCGCAACCGACAAUUAUUUAUCAUUAUAUGGGAUUUCUAAUUAG